AUGAAUUUUGCGACUCACUUUCCCGAUUUCAGCUUGAUGAGAACUUUACGUCUGAUAAAAGCUCUAUUUGAUCCGGUGAUGGUUUUCUCGAUUGUUGUGAUAAUGGAAUCUAAUAUGACUAUCAAUUACGAGCUUCCUGUAGGUAACAUCAUUAUAGUUUAUAUACAAGUUCAGGAAAAUAGCAUUUCAAGGACUGGAAUUUGA